CAUGUGAGUGAGCAUACUGGAGAAUUUGGUUAGACAGAGAGAGAGAGAGAGAGAUAGUACAGAGAGACUAUUGAACUGUAUAAAGCAGAGGACAGAUGCAGUAGCAAUCAGGAUAUGUACUCAGAAGCAAAAGAAACUGUAACCUGUAAGUUGAUUUAUGACUGGUUGACCUGCUGUUGCCUGUUUGACCUGCAGCUUUCAGUGACUAGAGUUUAUGGACAGACUGAUCAAUAGGGAACUGCACCUCUAAAUUCCCUUUCAGCCUUCAAACAGCAAUUAUGACAACUGCCGCAAGACUUCUGGAUGAGCUUUGUCACUUAACGGCUCAGUCUCUAGAAUCACUGGAGCCUUUAGAUCACUUCCAAGUUAUUAAACUUCUUGGGGAGGGCUCAUAUGGAAAAGUCAAGUUAGCAGUGCACAAGAAGAGAGGAACCCCAAUGGCCCUUAAAUUCUUUCUGCGAGACGACACAUCUCUACUGUCAUUUCUGAGGGAAUAUAACCUGUCUUUGGCUUUCUGCACCCACCCCUCACUUACCUCUGCUUUAGGCAUCGCAUUCUCCACUCCUACUCACUAUGUCUUCGCCCAGCAACCUUGCCUCUAUGGCGACCUCUAUGAUGUCAUCGUUCCUGAGGUUGGUCUGGAAGAGAGUCGUGCCCAGGGAGUGGCUUCCCAGAUCAGUGGUGCCCUCUCUCACCUCCAUUCUCUUGGCUUUGUCCAUCGUGAUGUCAAACCAGAGAACAUCUUCCUAUGUGACCGUGAGUGUCGUUGGGUCAAGCUUGGUGAUUUUGGUAUGGUGAAGGCUGCAGGCACCAGGGUACCAUGUGUGUGGUACUGCUCCCCUUACUGCACGCCUGAGGCUGAGAUUGCAAGAAAAAAUGAGGAGAGCCAUUCGGGCCACUUGGGGGUGGACAACAAUGGGAACAAGCAAAAAGGGGACUCUGGAAAGACUCAAAGGAUUUUGGUGUCUGUGGAUCCCAGUACAGAUAGCUGGGCGUUAGGCAUUCUAAUCUACGCCAUGCUCAUGGGGAGCCUUCCAUGGUCUGAGACCAUUUCAGACAACCCAGCAUAUAAAAGAUAUCUACAAUGGACCAAUUGGGAAGGUUCAGCAUCACAAGAGAAAGGGUCAGAUCAGCCUGAAAACAUCCACCAGGUGGCACCGCAGUUUGCUGCGUUCACCCCUAUUGCAGCUCAUCUUCUUAGGUCCUUGCUCCACCCACAGUCCAGGCUUCGUGGCAGGCCAGAUGAGGUGGAAAAGUAUCUGGGAGGAGCCUGGCUAUUGGACAAGGAUGUCAGUGGGUGAUGCAUCAAAGGAAGGACAGGACCGAGAUUAGUAGGAUGUCGUCAUCUGGUCAUUCACUCCAUGGUGGGAACAAUGGUUGUCACUUUUUAGAAGUAGUUCAAGAUUAACAGGCAGUUUUUAUCAAAAGCCUGCCGUUUAAUAUGCUACAUAGAAGCAUUAUUAGUUGAGAGUUUGUUUUUCCAAAUGACCACUAUAGAUCUCAGCUGUAAACACUAAGAGCCAGAUUUACCAAACAGGGUAAGUUAGCAUGAGAGUGUAAUCCCAUAAAAGUGCCGACAUGAGUGGAAAGUUCUGCUGUUAAUCUACUGACAAUGUACACAUUAAAGAACACAGACCCUGAUAGAUUUUUUCGAAAAUUACCAAUGCAAUCUAGCGCAAAUUAGCAUCAGGUUUUUGGGCAUUACAUUAUGGCACAAAUACCAGUAAAUUGACUAGCACCAACCUUAGUAAAUCGUGUUGCGUGAUUCAUUUAAAUACUCUCCUCAUAAAUUUUGCACCUAAAUGGGAAACUACUACAAAUGCAAUAAGGUGUCCACACCUUUUCAGUGCUAAUUUUUCACUGUGUGCUUUUAGUAAAUCCUGACGGUAGUUUUUUAACACCAAAAGAGGGUUUGCCCUGGUCCAAGCUGUUAGUAAAUCUGGCCCUAAAGCUUUUAGAAUGCAUCCGAAGAUUUGUUAAGGGUUAUAUAACUGAAAAGGGGUACAAAUUGUUUCUAAAAACUUUCUAUCCUCCAAAAACUUCCAUCCACAGUCCAGCAACUGCUAACUGCAAAACAAUGUGCGUCCUACAAAUAUCAAUGCUAUACCAUGGAAUCCUUUCCAAAAGGUGCACGCGUCAGAGAAAGUUGUUGUUGUGAGAGGCAGUUAAUGUUUUUAAUAAAAGAUUACGAGGGCACAUUUAUAAUAAAUGUUACAGUAUUUUAUUCUGGACCUCCCACAUGCAUAAUGAAGCAGGAUCCCAUAGGGGUUUAUGGUGGAACUGUAGGGAACUUGUGGUAGAAAUUAUAGAAAUGUUAAUGUCAAAUUAAUGAAAAUAAAGGUUUAAAAAUUUAAACCAUACAUGAAUUAUUAAACAUCUAUUUUCAGCAACAUUUUGAACUGUAUCUGUUUAUAUAUAUCUUUUAUAUUUGCUUAACGUCAUAAAGAUUGGAAUGUUCA